AUGGGAGCAUCGAGUGGAGAGUGGGCGAGUGGCGCAGGCCCGUCCAGAGAGGCCCGGCCCACCAGGCCCGCAGAAGCGAGGGGGCUGCUCUUCGACUUCCAACUGAACCAACAUAAAUACAUCCAUAUUUACAUACCACCACCCCACACCCACCUCAAUGCAAGUCGUUCCAGAGCUAGCAAUGAAAAGGAAAUCGAUCCCGUUGAGCGUAACGGGGAACCAGAGCCAACCGGCGAUGAACCAGGAGAAUCAGACAACGCACCCCCCGUCACGUCCAAAUCAGGCCCCAUCGCGCCCGCCGAGGAACCGGAGAACCAUCCACCCGCCGAGGAACCGGAGAACCAUCCGCCCGCCGAGGAACCGGAGAACCAUCCGCCCCCGACACCACUUCCUUUUACCCAAACACCAAGCCAUCCAGUCACACCUCCCAAAACACCUCCCAUGAGGCGCAAACCACUAACACCCAUGAAGCUCGCACUAGAAGAUUUCAAUCAAGAGGUUGCCAAUAAACGCUCCCACCAAUUGGAACGAGUCAAACUAGUCGAACGCGAAAAGGCGGCCCUUGGAGCGCGCAAAAAGGUCGCGGAUGAGUAUCUUGCGCGAAUGAACACCCUCGUACAGCAGCAAAACCUUCUCUGGCAGUUUUAUAUCCACACGGGACAGUCCAAUCUCGAAAAGCUACGAUGUUCGAUGAAUGCAAUCGACAACCAACUGAAGGAAAAUGAGGACGCCCAUGCGGGAGAUCUACAAGAGAAUGAAGCGUUGAGGGUGGAGCUGGAACAAGAAGAGGGCAAGUACAAAGAAGUGGAGGUUGAAACGGACGCCCUGGUCAAGGAGCUGGGUCGCAAGGAGCGAGAAUUGGUCUCUCUCACCGAAAAGAUGAAGCAUGGGAAGACAAAACAGAAGAAAUUGAAGAAAAGCAUUGCCGAGGAUGAACACAUUUUGAAAGAAGCUGCGGCGACAAUCCGUGACGGGCAGGAGGAGAUCGAAAUGCUCAAGGUAGAAGUGGAAUCCAAAGAGAAACUUAUCGAGAAGGAAGAAAUACAACUGGAUCAGAUACGAGAUUCCUUGAAAGAUAAAACCCAAGUUUUUACCGACCAAAUAGAGAUCAAGCAAGCCGAACUAGCUCCGUGGGCGGCACAAGUAACCAGUAAAAAAGCGGCGCUUGAUUUGGCUACAAGCGAAAGAGAUCUUCUCCUAAAGAAAGCCACCGAUUUCAGCUCCGCCCUUGCUUCUGCCCAAGAGACCAUCACUAGGAUCGAUGAGGAAACCAAGGCCAAAAAAGCUGAAUUGAAGCAAUUGAAACUGGAACAUGCUGAAUAUCAGCAGGGUAUCGAAGGCGCUACAUCAGAGCUCCAGAAAUUGGAUCUUGAAGAAGCGAAAUUGAGGACAAAGCUUACAACGGCCCGACAGAGAGCAGACGAGGCAAAAACGACGCGUACCACAAAUUCGUCCAAAAACGAGGUACUCAAGAGUCUUUCUAAACUUCAUAAGCAAGGUCGAUUGCCGGGUUUUUUCGGCCGACUCGGUGAUCUAGGCCGGAUCGAUGAUGUGUAUGAUGUAGCUAUCUCUACUGCAUGUCCCCAGCUGGAUAAUCUGGUAUGUGAUACCGUCGAUACCGGUCAGCAAUGCCUUGCACAUCUCAAAAAGACCAAUGCUGGCCGCGCCGUCAUCAUUUGUCUCGAUGCCUUGAAAUCCACUUCGCCCGCGGCUGCACCGGCUACACCCGAAGGUGCACCGAGGCUUGUGGAUUUGGUAACCGCAAAGGACCCGAAGUUCAAAGCCGCAUUUUAUCAUGUUCUGCGUGAUACUUUAGUAGCCAAGGAUCUUACGCAGGCCAAUCGGAUUGCGUUUGGAAACGGCUCAGGAAAACGAUGGCGAGUCGUCACACUGGAUGGAAAGCUGAUCGAUAGUUCUGGAACAAUGUCUGGCGGAGGUACCCGGGUCGCGCGUGGUUUAAUGAGCUCAAAGAUGACGAGCAAUGAUACAGAAAUUUCCGAAGAGAUGGUCGCACGCCUUGAAAAGGACACUGCCAUCGCUGAAGCCGAGAUCGCAAAACACAGUGGAAACCGAUCCGAGAUCCAGGCUGAAUUGAGGCGACUACAAUCUGAAUCGCCUAAGUUGGAGAUGCGAAUCACAAAGCUCGAGAUGGAUGUUGGGGGGGCUACAAAGAGGAAAGAAGAGGCGAAGAAAACAAUUGCGGAGCUUGGAUCGGAAGACCGGGCAGGAUCCAGCGAUGAUGCGCAAGUUAAACAUCUGGAAUCUGUGAUGGAAAAACUCGAAGGUGAACUCGAGGAACUUCGACGGAAAACCGGAAAAAUAGAACAGAGCAUCAAAGACUUGCAAGGCAAGAUCCUCGAGGUUGGUGGAGUUAGGCUUCGAACCCAGCAAGCUAAAGUGAAGGACCUCCAGGCAAUGGUGGAACACGCGAAUAAUCGUUUGACUAAGGCUGAGGUCGGACGAGCCAAAGCCGAAAGAGAUACCGGCAAGCAUGAGAAGACUUUGCAAAAGUCAACAGAUGAAUUGGAAGUACUGGAAGGUGAACUUUCCGAGCUGGAAGCAAAGGUCAGUAGCAAUAGCUUGGAGACCGAAGCAAUGAAAGACACAGUGGAUCAAGCGCGAAUGGCGCUUGAAGAACAGAAGGAGCGCCUUCAAGACAUUCAAGAGAGGCGGAAGGAAAAACUAAAAAUUAUGAAUGUGUUUCAGUUGAAGCAAACUGAGCUGAAGCAACAAAAAGAAAAAGCGGAAGGUGCGCUCGCUCAAUCAGCAGCCAACGUAACCCAUUGGACAGAAAAACAAGCCAGUUUGAGAUUAAACGUGAUAGAAGACGAUGAAGAUGAUGAAGAAGAGUUAGAGCGACGAGAAGCCGCUCAAAUAUUAAAACAGUUCUCUGCUGCAGACUUUGAAGAUUUCGAUGCUGAAUUGACUAAGGCUGAAGUAGCAAAAUUGGAAGAGGACCAGGAACGAGCAUCUCCCGAUUUGGGCGUCUUGAAAGAAUAUGCACAGAGAGAGGCGGAAUUCAUGGCGCGAGCUGCUGAUCUCGAAGCAACAACGCGAGCACGAGAUGAAGCCAAGCAAUUGCUUGAAGAUCUGAAUCAACAGCGCUUGGAAGAGUUCAUGUGGGGCUUUCAAAUUAUCAGUGGGAAAUUAAAGGAAAUGUAUCAAAUGAUCACACUCGGAGGAAACGCUGAACUGGAAUUGGUUGACAGUCUCGAUCCAUUCAGCGAAGGCACUAGAUUUUAG